UUGAUAUCAAUUGAGACAUCUUCGCGCUUAUAUGACCUUUUCUUGCGAAAGAAAACAAUCGGGUGGAGGUUGUUUUCGGAUUAUGAAGAUUUACCAAUGAUUAGAAGCGACCUCGGAUCUCAAUAAUUGUGAAAUAUCCCACCUUCACUUCCCCACAUCACAACCAUAACCAAAGUUCACCAAACUCUCGAACAUUUCUCUUCCUCUCACAUGUCGCUGUUCCAAACUCCGAUUUGCUCCUAGCACACGACCAUCCUCAACUUGCUCGAAAAUGCCAAACCUCGAAAACGCCGCCCCUUCUAACCCCGCGUGGUAUCCUCCCGAAGACGACGAUGUCGUUCCGCAACUCCCUCCCUUCUACUCUCCACGUCCUAUUCCCGUCUCUCGCGCAAUAUCAGAACUCGACCUGAAUUCCCUACACAUAACACACCCAGCAUUUGGACAAGAUCCUCGUUCCUCGAACUCUCACGCAGACCAUGACUCCGAUCACGAAUCCUCUCUUCAAUCCCCCCUCGAGUCCGACCAUGAACUGCCAGGUCUCGUAUCCCCACAGUUCACACCUCCCUCUACCCCAGGAAAUGGCACUCAAACUCCCUCACAUCCGCAUCAGCACAUCCCACGGUCUGUACCGGUAGAUAGCAGCAUACCCUCCGGCGGAUGUGGGACCAAGAAGCCACAGCUUCUCCCACAAUUACCAGACGUGAACUGCGUUGUACGAGCACGGAUACCUACCACGAUCGGAGGGAGUGGGACAGAGAUGUUCUUGCAUCUUUACCAGAAUAGUGAGGAUAAUAAGGAGCAUUUGGCUAUUGUAUUUGGAAAUACCAUUCGGUCGAAGAGUUUGGAUAGAGUGAGGGAAGGGGAGACGGAGAUGGACAGGUUAAUUAGAGGUGCUUACACUGGGCGAUUGUAUCCAGGACGAACGAGUUCAAAAGCAGACUCUGCGAAUGGAAAUGGAGCGAGGGCAGCAGAGAGAAAUGAUCCACCAUUGGUGAGAAUACACUCAGAGUGCUAUACAGGAGAAACUGUUUGGUCAGCUCGGUGCGAUUGCGGGGAACAACUAGACGAAGCAGCACGGCUCAUGUCGUUACCGGGAUCUGGAGGCGGUGUCAUAAUUUAUCUGCGGCAAGAGGGUAGAGGAAUUGGGUUGGGAGAGAAGUUGAAAGCAUACAAUCUACAAGAUCUUGGGAAUGAUACUGUCGAGGCGAAUUUGCUGUUACGGCACCCUGCAGAUGCGCGGAGUUAUGGACUUGCUACUGCAAUGUUGGCAGAUUUAGGCUUGCAGGAUAUCAGACUUCUGACGAACAAUCCGGAUAAGGUUCGAGCUGUCGAGGGGCCAAAUAGGGAGAUUGUGGUAAAGGAAAGAGUGGCCAUGAUUCCUCUUGCUUGGAGAGGUGCUAAGGGCGGAAUAAGAAGUCAAGAAGUUGGUGGGUAUCUGAAGACUAAGAUCGAGAAAAUGGGACAUAUGCUACAGAUGAAUGAGGGAUCAUGAGCAUAAUACCUUCAAAUACGAACGUU